AUGAAGUUCUUUGGAAUCCUUGUCUUUGUCGCUGUUCUGGCCAUCGCUUCUGCUGCUUCCCCCACUGGUACCUCGCCACCGUCUCCGUUCGUCACCCCAACUACGCCCUCGUCGCCCUCGACCACCACCUAUACCUACACAACCUCUCCAUCAACGCCAACAUACACAAGCACAUCCGAGACCACCACCACGAAACCCUUCAAGCAGCAGCUCCUGUCUCUGCUCUUCAAUAAGAAGACCGGAUAGAGCCCUCGCCUGGACCAGAGAUGCCGCCACAUGGAACCAAUCCAAACAAAACUCACUCGAUUAGCCAAAAAAUAAAAAAAUACCAAAACUAAAAACAAA